AUGAUCGAUACUAAUACAACUGCAUUCUUGACAACAAAUAUUACUGUACAAACUACGACGGCAACUAUGGUUAAUGUUUCGAAGUCAAAUAUCAAUUCUACUGAUUCAUCGAAAACAAGCACAACAGUCGAUAUUGAUUUAAUUUCGAACAGUGGCAUGUCAACAAUCAUCACUAAUACAGAUAGUAGCCUUGUUAACAUUAGUGAUGAGCCAAUCGCAACUACAACAUCAGCUACAACAGAAGCCACCACAAGUAAAACAUCAGCUACAACAGAAGUCAUCACAAGUAAAACAACAGCUACAGAAGCAGUUACCACUAUACUACCAUCAAGUAGGUUGUCAUUUUUACGAACCUUAUCACUUCUCUGUUAUGUAUAUGCUAGUAGCCAGUUACCAAUCAACUGA